AUGGCCCAGGACUGUAUCGAGGCUGCUGAAAACAUCGCUCUUUGUGUUCAGCAUCAAAAGUCGAUCGUCGACGAUAUUCUCACGGUCUCAAAGCUGGACUCGAAUCUUCUCCGCAUCACUCCAAUUCCAGCGCAGCCUAUCAUCGUUGUACAGCGGUCUAUGGCAAUGUUCCGUCCUGAAAUACAAGCCAAGAACAUCGACUUCAAGUUCGUUCCGCAUCAGAGUAUCCGAGACCUCGAAAUUGACUGGGUCAUUCUUGAUCCAAGUCGACUCCUUCAAAUCAUCGUCAACCUUAUUACCAAUGCCAUCAAGUUCACUAUGGACGCACCAAUUCGCUCGAUCACAGUUCAUGUCUGUGCUCAUGCGGAAUCGCCAGACUUUGGCGUACCAGAAGGAUUCCAAUUUGUUCCGCCAAGACAAAUCGUGAGCGAAUUCGGAAACGGCGAGGGUUGGGGCUCAGGCUCGUUUGUCUAUCUUCGGUUCAAUGUCCAGGACACUGGAUGCGGUUUGUCGCCUCAGCAGAUAUCGCUGCUAUUUGAGAAGUUUGCGCAAGCUUACGGCGGUAGCGGUCUCGGACUCUUCAUCUCGCGCCAACUUGCCGAGCUUCACGGCGGUCAGAUCGGCGUCUCGUCACAAGCUGGCGUCGGCAGUACUUUCGGGUUCUACUUGAAAUGCAAACGCAUGAUUGCAAAAAAGCCUACGAUCUCAACAGAUACAGUGAAGCACGCUCUAGACGCCGAACACGCGGCAUCUUCGCGCAAAAUCAGCGCCGCAGCUGCGAACCAGAACUCCACCGCGCCCGCUGCCACGCCUAAGGAAGUUGAGACCCCGGUACAAGCACAGAUUCCCCGGCCCACAGACGACAAGAAAGACGAAGAGGAAGAUGACCGACUUCACGUUCUUGUCGUCGAAGACAAUCUAGUCAACCAAAAGGUACUGGUGAAACAGCUCACAAAAACUGGCUGUGUCACACAUACCGCCGAUAACGGCGUCUGGGCAUUGAAGCAUCUCGCGAAAACGAGAUUCUGCGUUGCUAAUGGCAUGCCACUCACCAUCAUUCUUAUGGACUGCGAGAUGCCGGAGAUGGACGGCCUCACCUGCUGCAGGAAGAUACGAGAGAUGGAGGAACGGAAAGAGAUUACGAAACAUGUGCCAAUCAUCGCGGUCACCGCGAACAUUCGGGGAGGACAGAUGGAUGACGCAAAGGAAGCGGGCAUGGAUGAUGUUGUUGGAAAGCCGUUCAGGAUUCCGGAUCUCUUGGCCAAGAUGAAGGCCUUGUUGAAGAAGCUAGAGGACUAA